AUGGCUGACUCCUCAGACUCGACACUUGCGCUGCCUCGGCCAUCUCCUUCCCCGUUAAUCAACACUGCUGCCACCACUGAAUCCGCCUCCGACUCGGACGCCGACGCCGACACCAAUGUCAACGGCAGCACCCCCAAACACACUACCCUUCGAUUCACCGUAUCUCUGCAACGCGAAUUCCUCCGAGACAGCACUUACGAUGCUGUCCAAGAUGCCAAUGGCACGGGCCCCGGCCCCGCUGCCGAGGACACAGCUAACGCGUCCUUGAACCUCCAAACAGUCAAUAUGACGUUCGAUCCUAACUUCUCUCCGUCGCCUCUUGGCCCCCUCAAUCUUCGCCUGCGCGAUAAUGGCACCGUCGCCUACGUGUAUGCGCAUACGCCCGAUACCGACAUCGACCCGAACAACAUCGACUUCUGCCUCGUCAAGGAGACGAUCCCUCUGUUCUCGUCUCCGUCUCGUCCGCCCCGAUGCUCCUUCUGGCUCUCGCCCCCAUCCUCAUUGUCCCGGCUCUGGCUUCUCAUCUUAUGGCUCGUGACCAUUGCUGCCACCGCCCUUCUCAUCAUCUCGUUCAAUGCGUCCGGUACCUAUCCGCCGUCGUCGCCACCUCGACCUGGCUCUCCGACAGCUCCAUCUCGCGUCCGUCAGGCGCCGCUCCGAGUCUUCGACGACCUCAUCUCCCUGCUGCAGCACCACGCCGUCGCUCCUCUCCCUGUGGUUGGCAGCGCCCAAGACAUCGUCGACAGACACUACCGCAUCCACCCGAACCCCCGAGAGAUCCUCCCGGGCAACAUGACCGUCGCCGACUUCUUCAAUCACCUCAACACGGCCUCAUCUGAGCUCUGCGCCGCCGUCAAGGCUUGGUCCUCGCGAUCGCGCCCGUCCCUACACGCGGACGCAGUUCUUCUGUGCCGAGACGUGUCGCGCUCUACGCUCAACGUCGGCCCGCGCUGGUACCAGGCAGCGGCCACCCUGACGUCCUCCUGGCAUUCGACCUCCACCUACGCCAUCUUCCAUCUCCUCGAAGCCCUGAAAGGCCGACUCCCUCUCCACAACGAUGAUAGACACAAGGAUAACGCCACAACUUCGCGCGACCAAGACUUGCGCUUCUACAACGAGACAUCGCAUAGCGUGCUGCAUACCAUCAGCACACUCUUCUUCGACGUCCCGGAGCUUCGAGGCAGGCCGUCAAGCUUUGCGCAAGCCGUCUACACUGCUGCCAACGGCCUGGAUUCCCUUCAGCACACCGUCGCCAGGGCCGUCAUCAGUCUGAGCCUGCUCGUCAACAUGCUCCGGUCCGACGUCGUCCUAGACGCGCGCGCUCAGAAGCUGCGCAACGACACCCGCGACAAUACCUCCGGAUGGCGAUUUGCCAGCACUUCGUCUGCCCGGCUCAAUGCCACCGAGCUCGCUCUCGCUCGCAUCAUCCCGCCUUACGACCAGCUCCUACCUCUGCUCGACACCACCUCGGCUCUGACAUGGGCCAUCGGCUUCUCUCGCCAGCUCGUGGGUACGGUGGUGUCAGAGCUCCACGCGCAGGGCAAUCGCACCGUAGCCCUCCUCGGCACGCCGCCGCUGGACGUCCAGCAAGCAGACGACAUGGCCUGUUGGUGGCGCGGCGGGCCGUGGGUCACCGAGACAUGGGAGCAAGCUGGAGGAUGGCGCCAGGUGCUGACGCGAACGCAUUGGUACAUUCCCGCUCUGGGUCCCACGAUUACACAGCUCCAAGGCUUGGCGAAUUGGGGCACGAAUAACGCACGCCGCAGCCAGAGCCAACGGGAAUGGUGGUGGGCAGAGAGCAUGCGACGUGGCGCGCGCAGUCACCAGUAG